AUGCAGCUGGCUGUCAAGGACUGCAUUGCUCUCAUCAUCUACAUCUUGACCUUUCUGCUCGGCCUUCCUGCCAACCUGCUCGUCUUCUUUGUGUACAUGCGCAAGGCUCGUAAACAUGGUGCCACACCCAACGUGGUUUAUGCCCUCAACUUGUGUCUGGCCAACUUGGGGCUGUUAGUCUGGCUGCCUGUCAAGACUCUGGAGACUUUGCUUCAGGACUGGAGGCUGCCUGCUCCCGUGUGUCUUGUCUACAACUUUUUCCUCUUCUCGUCCCUGUAUGGCAGCUGUCUGUUCAUCACUGCUGUAACAGCGGGUCGUUACUUCAGCAUAGCAUUUCCGAUUGUCUACAAGAGAUGGCGCUGUGCUCGUAACUCCUGCAUCAUCAGCGCUGUCUUGUGGCUGUUGGUGGUGCUACACCUCAGCCCUGGCGUGAUGGUCGGAGAAGGGGGGUUUUUUGUUUCCACAGGUAAUAACUCCUCAGUUUGCUAUGAAGUUUUUAGUGCGUCCCAGCUGGCCGUGCUGCUGCCACUCCGCCUGGAGAUGGCCAUCACCCUGUUUCUUUUGCCUCUGAUUGUGUCAACUUUUUGCACGAUGCGCUGCGUCACGCUGGUGUGGCGCUCGAAAUUGUCCCCCAUGGGAAAAAGAAGAGUGCUGGCUGUUGCGCUGUCCACGCUCGCUGUGUUUGUGGUUUGCUACGCACCCUACAACGCCUCACACGUCGUGGGGUUUGUGAUGGGGGAGAACGUGAAGUGGAGGACGUACGCUAUGCUGACGAGCACCUGUAACGUAUUCCUGGACCCUGUGGUCAUGCUGAUGCUAUCUCCAGUCAUGUCAAGAGGCAUCUUGGGAAGAAUCUGUGGACGGCAAAGCCAGUUCAGCCACAGGGGGGGUUCUCGGUACCGGUGUAAAGCCGUCAGUGAAGCUUCAAAAGUUAGACCACCAACUGUCCCAUCUGAGGGGAGCAAACCUGGGGCUUAG